GGAAAUCGCGUGGGGGGGUACGGAGCGCGGAGGGGCGCAGAGCUCGGAGAGGUGCAUGGCGGCGGGGGGGCGUACCGCGUGUGGGAUCUGCAGUGCCGUGUCGUAGCGGGAAGGCUGCGAUGGGGGGUGGCGGUGCGUGGCCGGAUUUUCUUUGGGGGGAGCAGCACAGCAGCCCCUGGGUGCUCAGCCCCCCUCCGCCCCCCCACCAUCCCCGGCCCGUUCUUACCGUGGGGCCCCACGCAGGGAGGCCGGACGGCAACCCACGGGUGUCCCUUCCUGCUGCGUCCUCGUGGCUGAGCGCUGCGUGACCCCCCCGGCGCACCCCACGCCGUCAUUACCGGGGCCGCCUCGUCCCCACGUGCCACCCGUCCCCAUGUUGGGAGCAGCCGUCACCGCACCGCUGCAGCCAUGAGCAACGCGACGGCUCCCAGCGCUCCCGGCGCUGCGGGCGAUUCGUUGGUGGGCUCCGUGCUCGGCCCCUUCGUGCUGCUCACACUGCUGGGCGCCGUCCUGGCUGCGGUGAUGUACGUCCAGAAGAAGCGGAGGUCGGAGCGCCUGCGGCACCGCCUGCUGCCCAUGUACAGCUACGACCCUGCUGAGGAGCUGCAGGAGUCGGAACAUGAGCUGCUGGUGGAGGCAGAGGAGCACCAGAUGGGUCCCAGCUGGGGCUCCCGCGGGGGCUGGAGGGCUUGAGGCUGCCCUGGAGCAGGACUGGAGCCCACAGCUCCCCCAGCAGUGGCAGCACAGCACCGGGAGCAGCACCAGCGACCCCAUGAGCACGGAUGGUAAUGGGGCAUCUGCCACCUUCCUGCACAUUUUUCUGCUGCUUUUUGUUGAAACCACCCUAAAAACCCUAUAAAUGCACUGAGGAUGGGGUGGGGAAUGCACUGGGGCUGUGAGACAGGUGCAGCCCCACGGGCUCCUAUCAGCCCUAUACGGUGUUUGUGGGGUCAGGACACCCCAAGUUCGUUUAGUGGGGGCAAAUAAACGUUUCUCUGUAAUAACAAUAGCAGUGGUGACGGGCAGACCCCACACGGGGCUCAAUCCCAGACCCCAUAGGAGGCUCAAUCCCAGAGCAGAGCAUCAAAUGUUUUAUUCCAUAAAACGUUUUAUUCAAGUAACUGCAAAUAGGAAACCAGACGGUUGUUAACAGUGGAA